AGUGCUGCCAACGCCCCUGUGGAGACGCUGAGGUCAACAUCAGAUUUGAAAUAUUUAAAGUGGAUAUAAAACUAUUUCAGCAAUGCAGACAAUUAAGUGCGUUGUGGUAGGCGAUGGUGCUGUUGGUAAAACAUGUCUCCUGAUAUCCUACACAACAAACAAAUUUCCAUCUGAAUAUGUUCCGACUGUUUUUGACAACUAUGCAGUCACAGUUAUGAUUGGUGGAGAGCCGCAUACUCUUGGACUUUUUGAUACUGCAGGGCAAGAGGAUUAUGACAGAUUACGACCGCUGAGUUAUCCACAAACAGAUGUAUUUCUAGUCUGCUUUUCAGUGGUCUCUCCAUCCUCAUUUGAAAAUGUGAAAGAAAAGUGGGUGCCUGAGAUAACUCACCAUUGUCCAAAGACUCCUUUCUUGCUUGUUGGGACCCAAGUUGAUCUCAGAGAUGAUCCUUCUACUAUUGAGAAACUUGCCAAGAACAAACAGAAACCUAUCACACCAGAGACUGCUGAAAAGCUGGCCCGUGACCUGAAGGCUGUCAAGUAUGUGGAGUGUUCUGCACUUACACAGAAAGGCCUAAAAAAUGUAUUUGAUGAAGCAAUAUUGGCUGCCCUGGAACCUCCAGAACCGAAGAAGAGCCGCAGGUGUGUGCUGCUAUGAACAUCUCUCCAGAGCCCUUUCUGCACAGCUGGUGUCGGCAUCAUACUAAAAGCAAUGUUUAAAUCAAACUAAAGAUUAAAAAUUAAAAUUCGUUUUUGAAAAAA